UUGUAGUCGCCAUUUUCUCCCAACCCGAAAAGAACAAGGAGAGAACAGCGGCGACCGGACAAGAGCAAUUUAAAGUAUUACUAAUAGUGUUGCGACAAAACAAUUUGGUUCAAUGUUUCCAUGGACUCUUCCGUAAUCAAUGGUUAUCGAUCCAAGAAGAAAGGUCUAGAUUCUGGCAGCUCUCCCAGCUCAAAAAUGGACGACGACGCGGCCAGAGAAGAUGCCUGCCGAGAGUAUCAGUCCUCGCUGGAAGAUCUGAUUUUCAACAGCAAGCCACACAUCAACAUGCUGACCAUUCUGGCAGAGGAAAACCUGCAUUUCGCCAAGGAUAUCGUCGCAAUAAUUGAAGCACAAAUCAACAAGGCUCCAUCUUCUGAGAAGCUUCCAGUUUUGUACUUAGUGGAUUCCAUAGUGAAGAAUGUUGGAGGAGAGUACCUUGAAGUGUUUGCUAAAAACCUAGUCGCUUCAUUUAUAUGUGUCUUUGAAAAGGUGGAUGAAAACAUUAGAAAGAGUCUGUUCAAGUUGCGUUCCACAUGGGAUGAUGUUUUCCCGCUGAAGAAACUCUAUUCUCUGGACGUGCGGGUAAACUCGCUGGACCCAGCCUGGCCCAUCAAGCCAUUGCCUCCUACUGUGAAUGCCAGCAUUCAUGUGAACCCAAAGUUUUUAAAACAGUCUGAUGAGCCCUCUCCAAAGGCCAGUACUCCUCAGCCGGCAGCCCCUCCCGCCCAGCCUGUACCUGCCACCAGUGAGGGAGGCUUUACCCAGGAGCAGCUUAUCAGACAGCAGCUGCUGGCAAAGCAGAAACAGCUUCUGGAGCUCCAGCAAAAGAAGAUUGAGCUGGAGCUGGAACAAACCAAGGCACAGCUGGCAGGGGGGUUUGUGUUAACACCUCCAGUAGCCCCAGCGAGUGCCCCAGCUGCUCCUGCUGUAGUGCCAAAGGUGGCCAGCCAGUCCGGACCUGUCAUCAGACCCUGGAUCCCUCCUCAGGCUGAUUCCAAGCCGUCCACCCGCGACCCUCGCUUAAAUCGCGCUGGGCCUGCAGUAGCCCCGUUACCAAAAGAGCUGCCCGGGAAAAAAGACAGCCAGGGGACCACAGGACCAACUCACACGCUGGACAAACGACUGCCAGAAAAGUCCAGCAAGUCGGACAAGACCAGGAUUCCUAAGAAGGAGCCGACAGAAGAGAAGCUGCAGUCCAAGUCUUUGUCUCCCAUGCCUCCCAAAGCUACUCAGAGUAAGAUCAAGCAGUCAGAGCCUGAGACCCCCAAAACUGCAAUGGCCAUCAAAAAGGAUCCCAGGCUGCGGAAACGAAUGCAAGACAAGGCAGGGGAGGCCAAAGAUCAGGAACAGAAAGAGAAGAAAAGAUGUAGCGACAAGAAAGAGAAAGAAGAGAACAUGAGGUCGGUUGACUCCCAGAAGUUAGCCAAAGAUGGGAAGUUGGUGAAUGGUUCUGUGAGCCGACACGACCACUCGGAGUCUGCUGAUAGGGCAGAGUAUAGGCGUGGCGGCAAUGCGCGCACCAAUGCAAGAAAACGCACACGCUCCAGGUCCCGCUCACCCUCUAGCACCUCUUCUCCAAAGAGAAAGGAAAGGAGGUCGUCCAAGGGCAGAGCAAGGAGCAGCUCCUCCUCACCUUCUCCUUCCCACAAGACCAGUAAAGGAAGACUAGCCCACGUGGAUGAGCCACAGCAUGGCAAGCCUGGCAGAGAAGAGAGGGUGGUACUCAAAAAGAGCCAGCCAGACCCUAAGAGGACCAAAAGGCCUUUGGAGGAGAGACGUUCUGAAUCCAGGGACUCGCACUCCCCCCGUACUCAUGCUGAGCUCAGAGAGACAAAAGAUGCUCCACAUCGCUGGAGGAGUGGCUGGGAAGAGAACAAACACUUGAAGCCGUCAGAAGACUCCCACAGGAACUCUGGUCCUCAGAGACAUAAGCCAUACAACAAUGCACAGAGGCCUCCGAUGCCUCGAACCCCCAAACAUCGCCUCAGCGCUGACGCAAAUCUGCAGAUACCAGACGUCCUCAAUUCUGCAAACAAGAGGGACCUGCUCCGGCGGGCCAAUAAGCGACUGGAGAGUGGGGAGCUCUCUCAGGAGGACUUUUUGGGCGUAGCACACCAAAUCAAUCAGCUCUUCCAGUACCAGGAGGAGAAGCAGCAGCGCUCUGACUCAUGGGAGACCCCCAGUGAGGAGGAAAGUGGCAGCCAACAGCAGUUUCCUGCCAAGAAGACACCCCUUCUGGCCACCCCUCCAUCCCCACAGAACCGCAGUCAUGAUGGGAUGGCUGAAGCAGAGCUCUUGUACUACGAACACAAGUCCAAGCUAAAGAGGACUCGGGUUACUCACCGGUCCAGCGGGGCAGAGUGGGAGGGGGAGGAUGCCAAAGAAGAAGGGGAUCUGGCAGGACAAGGUGGGAAGUUGGGCAGCGCGCAAGGAGCCAAGCACCCCUCACCCCACAAGUAUACCCGACCACCAAGGGAGAGGCAAGGGGAGAGGCAUAGCAAGGAGCGUGAGGAACAGUCAGCCCAGCAGCCUCAGACUCCCAUGAUUGAGGAGUAUAACCAUGGCAAGGAGUUCCCCACGCUCAAGUCUUUACCGGGUCUCCGCUUCAGGAGAAGAGCUGAUCCCAGAGAGUCCAGUGAGAGAGAGUGGAACUCUCCGCUGACGGAGCGACAGCGCUAUGAUGAGCGAGAAGAGCAGAAGAGUAGUUAUGAUGCUCCUAGGCGGUACAGCUCUCACCCUGACUCGCGGCACAAUGAUCCUCGCAGGCAGGAGCGCCAGCCUCCAUCGGCCACGGUAAUUCACAGGAACUGCUCCAGCCCAGUGGGUCUGGAUGCUCCAGUCCGCUGUUCCCCAGGAGGGGGAUAUGAGCGUGAACGUCUCUCCCCACUGCACCAGGUAGACGCAGCGGAAAUGAGCCCUGUACCGCGGUUCGAGAGCCCUAACAGCGAGCACUCUGACGACGGGCCUCUGGACAUCCCGCCUCCUUCUCACCCUCCUGCUCUGGCCAGGUCGAUCCUAAAAGCCCCGGCAAGAGGCCCACUCUCGUCUGUACGACACCACAGUGACUCCCCAGCCCACACGCCACCUCACGAAGGAGGCCAUCCUCCCUCAAGGUACGAUGGACCCGGUCACAUAGGCCCAUCCCGACCCCAUCCCGGGCAAUUUGAGAACAGCGGUCCAUCUGGGCGAUAUGAAGACACGUCUCGAUAUGAUGGGCCCCAUCACCAGGGACCAGGCAGGUUUGAUGGUUCUGGACCAACCCUACACAAUAUUCCAGAGCGGUUUGAUGGGCCCAGUCGCUAUGAUGGCCCACCUGUGUCUCAUGGUCCAAUCAGAAGUGGGGAUGGUAUGGGGAGGUUUGAAGGCGCACCCCAUUCUCAGGGCACAGGGAUGUUUGAAGGCCCCAUUGGUCAGCAACCAUCAGUGAGGUUUGAUGGAAAGGGGUCUGGCCCUGUGCACUUUGAGGGCCCGCUGCAGUGCUUUGAUGAACCUCGAAGGUUUGACAACAACAUGGUACCUGGACCUGGCCCCAUGGGUUUCCAGCAGCAGGGUCCAAUACGCUUUGAUGGUCCUCUGAACCAAAUGGGUCCGGCACGUUUUGAAGGUCCUGUUCCUAUGAGGUUUGAUGGGCCAGGCCAUCCUGGUCCAAGGUAUGAUGUGCCCAACAUAGCUCCACGCUUUGACUGCCCCCAGGGACAGCAGGUCCCCCCAAGGUUUGGUCCAACACAUAACAUCCAGCCUCCCAUGCGGCCUUUAGGCCCAACUGUCUACGAUAAUUCUGGCCCACCCCAGCAGAACUUCACAAUGGCCAACCAGGGAUUCUCUGAACCAAUGAACUCGCAGUAUUCUGGAGGCCAACUCCCUUUCCAUGCACAGCAGAACCUGCCACGGGGAGGAGGCAACUUCCCCAUGCAGCCAGGGCCUUCCUUUAACCAGCCAGCCGGCCCGCCCUUCUAUAACCCUGCAGCUCCCCCUGCUGGAAACAUGCAACAGCCGGUCAACAUGAUGCCUAACCUUGCGCAGCCCUUCCUGCCACAGAACCCAGUGCCUUACAAUCAACCAGCGCCCCAGUUCAACCCUCCAGAGAGCCACUUUGGCCAGGUGGAUGUAAAUGACCUGCUGUCCAAGCUCAUUUCCACUGGUAUAAUUCCUGGCUCCAAACCCUCCCAGCCAGAACCCACCACCUCAGUGGACACAGAACCUUUAACUGUAGCUCCCCCGCCGUUGAUGGUGGAGGAGGAGGAAGAGGAGGAGCAGGAAGUGGAGGAGGAAAUCCCAGACCUCACAUCCUUCAUAAUUGAUGACAUGAAACAACGCUAUGAGAGCGUGGUCACCAAGCUCUACACGGGAAUCCAGUGCUACUCAUGCGGAAUGCGGUUCACCUCCUCUCAGACAGACAUCUACGCUGACCACCUGGACUGGCACUAUCGGCAGAACCGAUCUGAGAAGGAUGUCAGCAGGAAGAUCACCCACCGCCGCUGGUACUAUACUCUGACGGACUGGAUAGAGUUUGAGGAGAUCGCUGACCUGGAGGAGCGAGCUAAGAGCCAGUUCUUUGAAAAGGUGAACGAGGAGCAAAAGAGCCAGGAGGUUGUCAAGGAGGAGUUCCAGAGUGUCAAAGCCACCACAGAUGUCGUUGGAGAGUCAUGCGAUAUCUGCCAGGAGGCAUUUGAGAUGUACUGGGAGGAAGAGGAGGAGGAAUGGCACCUGAAGAAUGCCAUCAGGGUUGAUGGGAAGACGUAUCAUCCCUCGUGUUUUGAAGAUUAUAAAAACACCUCAUCAUUUCUGGACAUCACACCAUCUCCCAACAAGGUGCUGACUGAGCACCCACUCAGCACCUUCAUAAAGCAAGAGGAUAAGGAGGAAGAGGUGACACCUUGUGUCGCUGUCAAACAAGAAGUGGAGCCUGAAGGCAAAGAGGCUCAGAAUGUGAAGGAGGAUGUAGAUUUGAGUGAAGGCUCACACACCAGUGCAAUUUCCUAAAAAAAAAAAAAAAUUAAACCCAACUGUGUUGCUGCUCUUUCCUCUCCUUUUGGUCUGGCUGUUUUCAGCCUUCACCUUUUUUUUUUAAAGGAGAAAUUAUUUUUUAUAAACUGAGGCAGGGUCCUCAGAAUACCAUUAUCUGAAUACAUUUUUGUAUUUAAAUUCUGCCUGUCAAUUUCAGGUAUCACUCUUGGUAAAUUAACUGAACUGAAGCCGUUCUUUGCAUAAAAGAUGUUGUCAAGGAGUAAGUUGUAUAUAAAAGAUUUAAUUUAUAAAUUAAGUAUUUUUGGUAAUCUUUGUAAAUAUUCAAUACCUAAGGGCCAUGCCUAUGGAGUUGUAAAAUAAUUGCAAAGUAUUUCCCCUCUAUUUUAUAUAUAACUUAAUUUUGAUUUCCCAAGUAAAAUGAAUUUAUUCCUAUGUUUGACUUGAAUUGGAAAGUUAAGGGGUUUUAUUUUUGGCUUCGUUAACAAAAAGGUAAGAAUUAAGCCCAACUUUUCCUAAGGUAAACUGAAAACAUAACAUUUUAAUCUGUGGUCUUGCUUUCUUAUUUUUACUAUGAUUUGAGGGAAAAUAUUUUAGGAUAUCUUUUUUUGCAGACUCCAGAAAACGACCAUUUUUCAUGGCGGUCUUGAUCCAGUUCUCAAUAAAAACAUCUGAAAAUUUUUGUUUGUGUGAACAGUGAUUGGUGUGGUGUCCUAAUAACUUCUGAACCUACUUCCCAACUCCCUUGAUAAUUCCAGUUUAAAAUGUUAAUUAGGCUUUGAAUUUGAAAUAAAAGUUCACUGGAUUUAAA